AUGUGUCGCCAAUACUUCACCCUAUACGAGUGGUGCCAUUGCGAGGAAGACGCCGGGCAAAGCGUCUGCUCUGGCCAGCGGCGCAACAGCUGCCCCGGCAUCAGCAUUGAGACCGUCCAUAUGCACUGUUUCUGCGAUUCACACGCUACCCGUGGCUUCAAGACAGAGAAGAAGACUCGGAAAGAAGAAGAGAAGAUUCGCCGCCGCUCUCAAGAAUCUCUUGAUGAGAAGGUCUCGCUGGGCCGCCGAUGGUAUCAAUGGUAUCAAUGGCGGAGUCUGCGAUCGCGGUAG